UCCAGGCCCUCGUGGGAAACAAUUGCCAGCCUCCGGGUCCACGGGGCGAGGGAGCGGCGGGUGAGCCCGGAGGAGUUGAGCAAAGGUCUAGGGGGCCCGGGAGGCUUCGGGGACCGGAAGGAGGCGGCUGAUGCUAGGCGGAGAGGAGGAGUCCCGCGGACCCCGCGUAUUCUGAAGUCAUCGAAGGCUGUGUGCCGGUGGAAGGUCUGGGACAAGUUUAAGAAGAGAGAACCUAAAUUGGUAACAAAUGAAUAAGAAAAAAUAUUUGCUUACACUCAAUGAAAAGUAUCAUAUCUAAACUCAACACAUAUGGGAGCCACACAUGGACAGCUUUCCCUCCUCCAAUAAGAACGGAAAAUGAACAAAUCCCAGGAGCAAGUGUCAUUCAAGGAUGUGUGUGUGGACUUUACCAAGGAAGAAUGGAGUCUGUUGGACCCUGCUCAGAAGAUACUAUACAGAGAUGUGAUCCUGGAAAAUUACAGUAACCUUGUCUCAGUUGGGUAUUGCGUUACUAAGCCAGAAGUGAUCUUCAAAAUAGAGCAAGGAGAAGAGCCCUGGAUAUUAGAGAAGGAAUUCCCAAGCCAGUGCCACUCAGAAAGAAAAUGGAAAUUUGAUGUCCUAUUAGAGAACAGCCAGGAAAAUCAAGAUGAAUACUUUUGGCAGUUCAUGUUCACCAACAAUAAAACACAAAGUGUAGAAAGUGGCAGUAAAGUUAGGAAAACUUGCAAUGUGGACACAGACCCCAUUUCUUCAAGAAAUUUUCAUUUCAAAAUAUGCGACUCAUGUGAAAUGAGUUUGAAAAAUAUUUCAGGUUUAAUUACUAGUAAAAAGAGCUAUUCUAGAAAGAAGCCUGAUGAGUUUAAUGUAUGUGAAAAAUUACUCCUCGAUAGGCAUGAGAAAUUUUCUGUUGGAGAGAAAUCUUAUAAAUGUGAUCAAAAAAGGAAUGUUCUCAGUCAUCGCCAGGAUCUUACUCAGCCAAUUUUUAAUCAGCCUUUUGAGUAUAGUGAAAAUGAACAAGGCUUUAAUGAAGAAGCAACCUUUUUUAUAAAUCAGAGGUCUCAGAUAGGGGAGACACUCUGUAAAUACACUGAAUGUAGAAGAAACUUCAUUGAUGGUUUAAAGCUUAACGUAUCUCAGAGAACUCAUUUGGAAAUGGAGCCACAUGAAUGCAGUAUCUGUGGGAAGUCCUUUUAUAUGGAUUUACGAUUUGGACAUCAAAGAGUUCUUGCAGGAAACAUUCCUUAUGAAUAUAAUGAGUAUGGGGAAGUCUUCUGUGACAAUUCAGCAUUCAUUAUUCAUCAGGGAUACACACGAAAGAUUCCUCAAGAAUACAAAGUGAGUAACAAAACUUGGGAAAAGUCAACCCUCUUUAAACAUCAGAUAGUACAUAUGGGAGAAAAACCCUAUGAGUACCUUGAAAAUGGGAAUAAUUUCAGCAAAAAAUCUCAUAUUACCCAGUCUCGGAGAGCUCAUUCUGGAGAAAAAACCUUUGAAUGUGGUGAAUGUGGCAAAACUUUCUGGGAGAAGUCAAACCUCACUCAACAUCAGAGAACACACACAGGAGAGAAGCCCUAUGAAUGUACUGAGUGUGGGAAAGCUUUUUGCCAGAAACCACAUCUUACCAACCACCAGCGAACACAUACAGGAGAAAAACCCUAUGAAUGUAAACAAUGUGGGAAAACAUUCUGUGUGAAGUCAAACCUCACUGAACAUCAGAGAACACACACAGGGGAAAAGCCCUAUGAAUGUAGUGCAUGUGGAAAAUCCUUCUGCCACAGGUCAGCCCUAACUGUCCAUCAGAGAACACACACAGGAGAGAAACCUUUUAUAUGUAAUGAAUGUGGAAAGUCCUUCUGUGUGAAGUCAAACCUCAUUGUACAUCAAAGAACUCACACUGGGGAGAAACCCUAUAAAUGUAAUGAAUGUGGGAAAACCUUCUGUGAAAAAUCAGCUCUGACUAAACAUCAGAGAACUCACACAGGGGAGAAGCCCUAUGAGUGUACUGCAUGUGGGAAGACCUUUAGUCAAAGAUCAGUACUCACUAAACAUCAGAGGAUUCAUACAAGAGUGAAAGCUCUUUCAACAUCUUAAAUGUUCAGAAGCUUUCAGACAUCAGAUUUGUUGUAAAAUUUUUAAAAUGAAAUUAGAGAAAGCCAAAGAAUGCCACAGAGUACUAGAAAAAUGACAUCUCAUUUAAAUAUAUGAAAGCUUCCAAGAAAAAUUGAAACUUAACUAAAGAAAUUUGUCAUGAGGGAAAACCUAUUCAUUUAAUCAAUGUGGUAAAAAUCUUUAGAAUUUAUGUUGUUUAAUAUGUCUUCCAGAUGUGAUACCAAAUUUUUAAAUAGAAUUGGUAAUAUUCAUUUUACUCAUAUUCACACUGGAAUUUGAAGCUUAAAAAUUGAAUGGCGGUAACAUUAAACAUAUAUGUUAAGAGUCCCUGCUAUUUGUAGAUUUACAUGAGUAUGAUAAUGUAACUAAUAAGGGGUAUGCUUGAUUUGCAUAUUAGAGCCCAACAUGAUUGUAAGGAGAAAAUAUGAUCCCCUAGGUUAGUGAAUUUUAAGGCAUAAAUAUUUUCCACACUAAAUACCACAGUGAUUUUUAUGUGUGAAUGUGUGUUUGUAUGUCUAUAUGUGUGUAUAUAUAUAUGUGUGUGUGUGUGUGUGUGUGUGUGUAUACAUAUGUAAAUACAUUUGUACAUACACAACUACUCCACACAUACAGUGAUGUGUUAGUGUCACCUUGUACUGACUUAAAAGUGCUGCUGAUUAUUAAAUUUUCAGGAAUUUUGUAAGUCAUUUGUUAAACACAGUCAUUACUUAGAAUUAUUGUAAACUUAAACUAAAACUAAAAGCAAAGGUAACCCAAAUAUUCAUCACUCACAACUUUCUAAUAAUCUUGCUGCAUUUCACUGUUCUUUUUGUUAUUUAGGUUAUUUACAUUAUUGGAUCCAUAUGGUGAGAAUACUGUGUAAUGGUUUGCUCCUAUACACCUCUUCCCAAUUCCACAUUCAGUGCCAUCAUGUUGGUAACUUGGCCUUAUUCAUAUUUAAACCAUGGAAAUUGGCAAACUCUACAUAGCAGGGUGUUCAUUUUCUCAGAGAAAUUGUUGUCCAGUGUUUACCAGCACACCUCUAUAUAUGAAAACAUAUUUGGCUGAUUUAAAGUACAAACCACAUACCCUUUUUCCUAUUUCCUGAAACAAAUAAAUGGCUGUGCCAUUAUUACUGAACUGC